AAAGCUCUCUCUCUCUCUCUCUCUCUCUCUCUCUCUCUCUCAGACGUAGCAGAGCUUCAGCCAGCAAACAUGGCGGUCGUGGCCCUCACUCGGCGCUCUCUCUCCGUUUUCCUCCUCUCCAUCUCCCUUCUCCUCUACCCUUCAACUUCCGCCAUCGACUCUUUCAUCUACGUUGGCUGUUCUCAGCAACGAUUCAACCCAAACACUCCCUACGAAUCCAACGUCAACUCCCUCCUCACCUCUCUCGUCAACUCCGCCGCCUCCGCCGCCUUCAACAAUUUCAAGAUCUCCGUCCCCGGUUCCACCCCCAGCGACGUCGUCUACGGGCUCUUCCAGUGCCGUGGCGACCUCCCGGGCUCCGAGUGCCGCGCCUGCGUCGCCCGCGCCGUCAGCCAGCUCGGCCUCCUCUGCCCCGACGCCACCGGCGCCGCGCUGCAGCUCGACGGCUGCUUCGUCAAGUACGACAACACCCCCUUCUUGAGCGUACAGGACAAGUCCGUCCUCAUGAAGAAAUGCGGCCCGGCGGCCGGGUACGCCACCGACGGAUCAACCAGCCGCGACUCGGUCAUGGAGUACCUCACGGCCGGUGGGGAGUACUUCCGGGUCGGCGGGUCGGGCAGCGUCCACGGCGAGGCGCAGUGCGUGCAGGAUUUGAGCCUGGGCGAGUGCAACGAUUGCUUGUCGGAGGCGAUCGGGCGGCUGAAGAGCGAGUGCGGAUCGGCCGCGUGGGGUGACAUGUUCCUGGGCAAGUGCUAUGCAAGGUUCUCGGAGCGUGGCGGAUACUCCGGCAGCGUUGGCGGCGGCGAUAAGAGGUUGCUCCGGCUCCGGCGCCGGUGGUGGUCCCUGUGGUUAGUGGCCAGCGGUCUAGUUACAUUGCUCUAGCGAGGCCGAUGCGCACGUGGUUAAUGAAAACUCGGGUUUGAAUUUACCUUUCAGUCCUUGUAAACUAUGAAAUAUUACGUGCAAGUCGGGUGGUGGUAUGCUGGUAAAUUCGGAGAGCUCGAGAGGUUGUUAUUGUAAAUUUUUCUUGCUUACCCGUUUAUCUAGUUGUCCAAGACAAUGUACUUCUAAAAUGAUGAGUGGAUACUUAAAGGAAAUAUAAUUUAA